AUCGGUCGGUGUUGGCAGUGAAAUGUUAUGAUUUCAUCGUCUGCAAAUUCACAUGUGAACUGACAGCGAACGUUGACGGUUGUGCAUGCGAGUUAAACGUUAAGUAACGGUAUAUAGUACAUAUAUAUAUAAAAAAUAUAAAUAAAUAAAUAACUGAUGUGGGCUUAAAAGUAAAAAAUUAAAAUAUUUAUAAUAAGAAAUAAAUACAUACAUACAAAGAAAGUGAGUGUUAAAACGCUGUCGUGUCCGCUGUGAAAGUGCAAAAUGUGUGUGAAAGUUCAAGCUUUUUGCAUAAAACAAGCUUAAAAGCGUGUGAACAGUGCAUGAUUACAACGAAUAAAAAUACAAAAAAGUGUUUGAAAAAAAAUUUGCGCGCACAUAAGACUUAACGGUGUCUUAAUCGGGAAAACCCAAGUUGCCAAACGCCGAUAGACAAUGCUUGAAUUCUAUCCAAUGCCCACAAACUUAAGUCGUGGCGCUGGCUUUUAUUCACACCAUCAUCAGAAUCAUGGCGGUACGCGUACAUUUAAUAAUGCCCCCAAUUCGGUCGGCACAGCAGCAAUUAAUGCAACUGUAUUAAAUAAUAGUAACAAUUGUGGACAACAACAGCAGCAGCAGCAGCAGCAUCAGCAACAGCAAUAUCAACAACAUCAGCUACAACAACAACAACAACAACAUCUCCAGCAACAACAACAAAAACAAUUGACUGCCUCACCGACGCAUGCAACAUGCGCUCCACUUAAUCGCAGCAACAGCAGUACACCAACAACAGCGGCCACUUCUACGUCGGCAACAACUUCGACAACCGUUUCCGCAACUGCAGCAGCCAUCUCCGCGUCCGCCUCCACGUCACCGAAGGCUUUUAAUACAGCCGCAAGCGAAAAACCCACUGCGGUAGCCCCUGAAGUCAAUUCCACUGCAACACUUGCAACAUCCCAACCCGCGUGUCCCGCCGCCACCUCCACGGCACACAUUUUAAUGAUACCCACUUCAAUUUCAACAUCGUGUUCGUCAUCACCUUCAUCGUCGUCAUCCUUAAUGACGGUGUCAGCAGCGUCCCUUAUGGCUCCAACACCGGCCGCUUUAUUACCGACGGCAUCGGCGACGGCGACGACGACGGCAACGCUGUCUGAGCUAUCGGCGGGCUGUAAUGGUCGUACAGAAGUCGGACAUGUGAAGUGCGAGAAGAAUUAUGAAAUAUGUGAAGGUUGCGGGCAAAAGAUACACGAUCGUUAUCUCAUGAAUGUUGGCGAAUCGAACUGGCACGAGCACUGUCUGUCUUGUUGUUAUUGUGGAAUACAGUUAUUCAAUACCUGCUACGUGCGCAAUUCAAAGCUUUAUUGCAAACUCGAUUACGAUCGAUUAUUCAGCAUCAAAUGCACCGGCUGCUGUCACCCGAUUCUGCCUCACGAGAUGGUCAUGCGACCGAUACCCUCCUUCAUUUUCCACCUGCCUUGUUUCAUCUGCUACAUCUGUCGACUGCCACUGCAGAAGGGCGAGCAAUUCCUGCUGCGCGACGGUCAACUUUUCUGCUGUCGACACGAUCUCGAAAAGGAACUCUAUUUGGCGACCGCACAACAUUGCGGUUUCGUCGGACUGGACGAUGAUGAUUUGAUGCGUCCACGCGAUGGACGACGUGGACCGAAGCGACCACGCACCAUAUUGACAUCGCAACAGCGUAAACAAUUCAAAGCGUCCUUCGAUCAAUCGCCUAAACCGUGUCGCAAGGUGCGCGAAGCGCUGGCGAAGGAUACUGGGUUGUCGGUGCGCGUGGUGCAGGUGUGGUUUCAGAAUCAACGCGCCAAAAUGAAGAAAAUACAGCGGAAAGCGAAAAAUGGCGGUGGCAAUGGUGGUGCGGUGAGUUCACGCAGUGGCGAUGAGAAGGAUAUGGGUAAGGACGAUAAGGAUAUAAAGCAGGAAUGCGGCAUAACCGGUGUGGAUGGCGCUUAUUUGAGUUUAGGUGACAGCGGUUUCGGCAGUCAACCGCUGAAUCCGAAUCUGCCCUUCUCGCCUGAUGAUUACCCGCAUAAUUCGAAUGAUAGCUUCUGUAGCUCGGAUUUGUCUUUGGACGGCAGUAAUUUCGAUCAACUGGACGAUGACACCGAUUCUUUGUCACUCAACAAUCUGGAGCUGCAGUCCACCGGCUCUUCGGGUAAUCAACAUUCAAAUCCACACGACAUUAUCGCCAAUCUCAGCACGAGUCUUGUCAAUCCGAUUGACAAACUGUACUUGAUGCAGAAUUCUUACUUUAAUGUAGAGCAAUAAACCAAAUUGACCGUUAUGGAAUAGAGGAUACGAAUUUAUUAGUAUUAAGCUACAUGUCAAGUGAGGCGGUAUUUGUUGUUGUGUGGGCGUAGCGGGAAUUAUGUAUGUGUAUGUAAGUUGAGAGGACUUUGGGUUUGCGUCCCAAGGAUAACAAAAAAAAAAAGAAAAAACACAAAAACAAUAACAAGAUCAUGAUAAAAAGAAGAACUCUGAGGCAAUUAAUUAUUUAUAUGUACUAUACAUACAUACAUACAUACACACAUACAUACACAUACAACGGUAUGUUUAAGUUAAUACCCAACAAACCAAAUUAAUUAGGCAGAUUCUGGCAUGUUGCAUACACCUGUAGUAACAACAUUUGUGAUUUAAAAUUUAAAUUUUAUCUAAAACAGAUCUUAUUAUUGUUAGUUUUAAAUAAAUAAAACAAAAAAAAAAAAAUUAAAAACAAAAU